AUGUACAAGCUGGUGCGUAUUAUCUCUAUUCGUUUUCUCGUGCCUGAUCGCCGCUGUCGCCGCCCCAGCUCCAGGAGUCGUCCUUGCCUCUCCAGUAGUCCACGCUCCAGUUUGCACUGUCCACGCUGCUCCAGUUGCCUCAGCCACUCUUCCAGCCACGUUGUGCACCACGCUCCAGUCGUCAAGCAUGCCGUCGUUGCCCACGCUUCUCCAGUAGUUGCCGUGCACCACGCUCCAGUUUUGACCAAGACCGUCGUUGCUUCCCCAGUUGUCCACGCCGUCCACACUCCAGUCGUCCACCACACCCCAGUCCUGGCCAAGACUGUCGUUGCUGCCCCAGUUGUCCAUGCCGUGCACACCCCAGUCCUCAAGAGCGUCGUCGUUCACCACCUCCAUCCCCAAAACAAAACCCCCAAAAACCUGAGAAACAGAACAAAGACUAGCAACGAAUACUCCCCCUGGGAAACCGAAUCAGUGCCCUAAGCCACAACAAAUAGAUUUGUACAUAGAAGAAUGCCAAGUAUCUGUAACUGCAGUUUACCUUGUGAAAAACAGUUUGAGCUCAUUAGAACAAUGCGAGUUGUACAUCAAAGAUAUGCCAAGAAUGAAAACAACCAUUAAAAUACACGCAACUUUGUUGAAAAGUUUAACAA